AUGGAGGCCCACACUGUGAAGCACCCGGCGUUCCACCACCUCCACCAGGCAAAUCCACCGACGAACCACCUUGCGAAUCACCUCAGUCACAAUUCGCUGUCUGCCAGCAUCAACACCAGCAGCACCUCGCAACCGUUCGCCUUUGGCUCCAGCCAGAGCCAGGGGAGCAGCCAGCAGGGCAGUUCGGCCAGCAAGCUCAACUUUGAGAGCUCCACUGCCUUUCCACUGCUGCUCUCCAGCAUCAGCAGCGAGUCUGGCCUCUCCGGCGUCGGUGGUGUCGGCAGUAGUGUCGGUGGGGCUGGUAGGUCAAACGCCUUCUCCACUCCCAAAGCUGGCGUCUCCUUUUCGCGAGGCAGCACCAGCAAGGGUAGCAGCACUUUUGGCAGUCUGAGCACUGGCCUGCACAAUGCCGCAACUGCCGGAAACUUGAGCAAUCACAGUGCAAGCAGUCAGUUGUCGUUGGCACAACAAUUCACCAGUGCUCAGCUCGGUGCUGGCAAGCACAAACAUGCCUCCACAGCCACAGCUGGACCACCAGUCGACCACCAGCAAUUUGCCCUCAGUAGCAAUAGCAAUAUCAGUAGUCAUCCGCUGACUAACGGCAUCGCAAAGGGAACGCCGAGGCCUAAGGCCUCAGCACCGCCUAAUCAAUUAGCCACCUUUGGACCUGCUACCCCAAAUGGUCGCGGGCACCUGCAUCAGCAACUGCACUUGCAUGGAGCCAAGUCAACCCCCGGACAGCAGUAUUUGACCGAUGGAGGAGCAACGGUUGGCGCCACGUCGGCGUUGCCUUUUAAGAAGAAUCUCCUCGCACGUGAGACUUCUCUUAACAACAAUGGCACUUCUUCUAGUAGAAGCAAAGCGUCGCCAAAUAAAGAGAACAACAAAGGCAGCACACUGUCGAGUAGUGCACAGCCGCCGAUCCUUCCAUUCACAGCAACAGCACUGUCAGCAGCACUGUCAGCACCAGUGGCAGCAAUAGCCCUAGCACCCACUACUGGCGCCGCAGCAGUGAGCACACCUGCUCGAAAAGCAUCUUCAAACCGCUCUCCCACUCGGGCUCCAGGUCCGAAGAGCACUGUGAAUAACGAUAGUAAUAUCACCAGCAAUAACGGCGGCAGCAGCAACAGCAAUGCCAACCAACACAUCCACAACUUGCACAAUCAUGUUUUGGUCAAUGGCACAGCUAGUCCACAGUUGCCUGCACUUGAUCUUUCUUUGGAGACUAUCAACUUUGUUGCGUCUAAUCACAAUGUCGUCUUGUCACCGUCGUCUUUCACUUCAAAACAAAAACCAAAAGAGUUUAAGUUUUUCAAAGAAAAGGCCAAAGACAAACAGCAACAAAAAAGCUCUACUGCUGCUGGCGGUACAAAUAACGGAUGUAAAGAUGCACAACAGUCUUCGGCAAAAUCAACAUCUAAAUCAACAUCUAAAGCUAAAUCUGCGACCACUUCUUCAAGUAGCGGUGCGUCAAAAAAGGUCAACAAAGGCAGCGCCACAAAAGCAGACAAGUCUAGUGGUCUCCUGAACAAGACAAAAAACAACAACUCGAGCCCCAGUUCAGAGGUGACAAAAAGCAGAAAGCAGUCAGUCUCCACUCUGUCAACGGUCUCAAACUUAAGUGAGAAUAGAGCCACAUUGUUUCCAAAUGAUGGCGCUCAAAUGGUGAUCGGCGAGCAACCGCACCUAGAUACGCCUGUUUCCGAACGAAUCGUCUUUUUCAGCGAAAGCAUCAUCGAUGGAUUCGCCAUUCAGUGUUUCACCGACCAGGAAUCUCUCGAGUUAUCGUUACAAGACGCAGUGAAACAUGACCUGACCGUGCUACACAACUUUGCCAUCAACAGCAGCAGCACAACAGCCACCUCCACCACUACCACUGCGACCACUUCUCCCUCGACCGGUAACUCAUCGCAGCUUCAUCUUCAUCCCACGCCAACAGCAUCUUCUGUGCGACCGACAGUUACUGGGAAGGAAGAUGUUGGCGACCAACAGUGCGCACUGGUAGGAGAGGCUCGUCCAAGUGCUGAAGGGCCCAAAAAUCAUUCUACUUCCGCGCCGUCGUCUUCUCCCACUUCAACUGCACUUCAAUCGUUCCACCAACCACAGCCACUCGUUUCUGCGCCUUCAGUGCGAAUAACCUUUGAACAGCGAGAGGCACUGCCCCUUCCCUUAUCAACCUAUUCAAAAGGCAAAACUCCUAAUAAACGUCGCCCGUCUCUCGUCUCACCGACUCGACGACCACGUAAACAAUCACAGAGUAAAAAUAGCAAAACCUCAAAGGGUAAAAAGACAACUGCAACUAACAGUAAAACUUCAAAAAAACCAAUGGCAAAAGAUUCGAAAUCUAAAAAGGCUAAACCAACUGGAAAAGCAAAGAAGGAGGCUGCUAGUGACUCUGACGAUUCUGAUGACGAGGAGCUUGAUGAAAAUGUCGAUGAAGAAGUGGAAGAUGAGGAAAAAGAUGGAGAUGAGAUCAGCACAGUGAAGGCUAGUCACAAAUCAAAAUUGAAAGUGAAAGCUACAAAGUGCACUCACAAGCAUCCCCGAACUCAGGUAGCGUGCAAUCGUUGUCUUUUGCAGCAAACGCAAAAGAAACCGAAGAAUGCAGUGGGAAAAAAGAAGCAGACGACAAUCAAAAUGACUAACAAAAAAGUGAAGGCCUCUCGGACCAAUCGUUCAGGAGCCACAUCAACGACAAGUAGUUCAGCAGAAGCUUCUGCUGCGUCUUCAGCUACGACUUCGGGACCACCAGCAACGACGACGUCCGAUAACGCUGACGUUGACUUAUCGAGCAAAAAGAAUUCUAAAACCAAAAAGAUGCCAAACAAGACCAAGUCUGCAGGUGCGGCGUCUACCUCGGCCAAGGGCAAACGCAGUGCAAGCAACAAACGAUCUCAGUCAGACAAUUCCUCUAAUGAGGAUGAAGAGGACAGCUCAGAUUCGGAGUCAGAGUCAGAGGAGGAAGCUGAGCCUCUCACUAGUCCUCGACGUGGUCGCAAUUGUGCAAAGAAGGUUCCUAAAGCAGCCAAAAGUGCAAAGCGACCCAAAAUAGAAGCGGGCCAUACGAAUGAACUAGAGGAUGAUGAUGAUGACGAUGAUGAUGAGGAUGAAGCGGCUGAAAGUUCAGAGUCGGAUGUGCCUGAGCAGCCAAGCGCCGCUUCGAAGAAGGCGCCCAAACGAAGCACUGCUCGCGGUAGCAAAGCUAGCAGCAAGCAGACAAAAAAGAAGAGCUCCCCAACAAAGAAGAACAACAAGGGUGGUAAGGGGGUGAAGAAAGCAAAGAAGGAUGCAGACAGUGACGCAGACGAUGAGGAGAACGAGGAAGAGGACGCCAAUUUGACCGAUCACGACGAUGAAGAGCAGGCCGAGCAGAUUGUGACAGACGUUGAGAUGGAAGAGGAAGCGGCUGACAAAGGUGUUGAGAAGACGAAAAAGCAGACAACAGGACGCGGCGAGCAGCAGCAGGUGAAGGCGAAGAAGGCUACCGGUAAAUCGACACGUGCAUCGCCCAGUAAGCAGGCGGCAGGCAGCAGCAAGGGAAAGACGUCAAAGGGUGAAAACAAAGCGAGCAGUGGUCGGAAAAGCAGUGCCGCCAAGGGGGCCUCAAAGAAAAGUGCCAACGAUCAGUCGGACGAUGACACCGAGCAGAGUGAACAGGAGGAGGAGGAGGUUGCCGCUGUGGAGGGCGCCGGAGAGCAGCAGCCAAAGCAGCGACAGUCACACGGUAAAUCAUCAUCGGCAAAUACAAAAAACAAGUGUGAUAAAUCAAAAUCUAAAAGCAGUAGCGCAGGUAACGCUUCCUCCACCUCCUCAUCUGCCGCCACCUCUUCCACCGCCGCCUGCCCUGUCAAGGAUGUGUACACCUUUGAGCUGUCUCCUGUCGAAGUGCCUAGUGCCAGCUUUGUCCUCUCAUCAGGGCAGGAAAAUAAAGCACGCGUUGAGGAUCAAAACAAAACAGAGCAGAGUGAGACGUUGUCAACGGCAGUAAACACGCUCAAUGCGAUACCUGAGGAAACUGGAAGUACAAGUGCCAAUGCGAACACAGUUGUCAAGGGCUCAUUUUCGCCUCAGAUCGUCUCCGGUUCUUCCUCCUCACCUUCCUCGUCGUCAGUGAAUCGAGAUGGCCCAGCAUUUGAGCCUCUUCGACCUGACUCUUACUCCCUCUACGAGCCUUCCUAUGGACCCAAUGUCAGUCUUUCAAGUCUCAGUCAGCUAAGUCAGUCUAUUGGCGGCGGGGCUGGUGGUCCAAUAUUGCUGAAUCACCAACAGCAGUCGUCUCUUCCCCCGACCUCAUCUCUGGCCAACUCCAAGUGUUCCAUCAACAUCAAGGAAGAGCCACGAGAGGAUUCACUUCAGUCUCCAUUCCGUGUUGCCCACCCGAAGGCAUCCACUUCGAUGCAUCAGACGCCGCCACCAGUCAUUGGCGACCACCAUUCUGCUAGUCAACACUAUGGCGUCAACUUUGCCUCUUCAGUCAACAACAAAGCAACCCACCCCCGACGACUGUGGUCCAAUGCGAGCGCUGGCUCUCUCAUCUCUUCGUCCUCCUCUUCUUCUUCUUCCCCGGUGCAGCUUGCAUUUGGACAGUGUCCACCAGGACAGCCACCCACUCCAGCGACGCCAGCAUCACUAGCCAGCUACUUCACACCAUCAAGUUCUUUGCCAGCGCUCUCCUCGCCUUUCUACCCACCGAACAGCCAAGAUUUAAUUAGGCGUGAUUUGGAUUCUCGCAUUCUUGCCUCUACUGCGGCGGAUCGCAAUCUUCUGGCCGCCUCACUCGGCAUUACACCGUCUGUUGGCGCAGUAGUGCAGCACCCACAACCGCAGCCACCUCCACUGCAGCAGCAACAGCAGUCAUCAUCACAGACGCCCUUCAACCAUGCGCCCACCUCUGCAAUGAUUCCACCAGCACCCACUGCUCCUGCUGCAGUCGGCUCACCACUAAUUGCCCCCUGCUCUUCGGCAUCCUUUGUGCCUUCGGGCUCCCCCUAUCCACUACCGCCACAUCUGAACAGCCAAGCGACCUUUACGCCUUGCGUGCCUACCAAUCGACCGACCAAUCAAGUGCAGGACCUGUCAGCAGAGUCGCCACUGCGAAUCAGUUCACCCGCCUCCAGAUCACAGUCUCCAAGAGAGAAACCACCAAUGACUUCACUGAAAAAGGGCCGCUGGGGAUCGAUGCAUAUUACCAUUGCGCAUAAUAUUCAACUGUCAAUGACGGGUAGAUCACAUGCCUUCCCAAUAACAGGGGCUAACAAUGUGCCAACUGCCACCACCCCACUUGCCAAAUCAACGCCUAUCAUCAGUCACAGUAGACCUAGCAGCAAGGGCUCAGUUAAGACAUUUGAGCCUCAUGCAGUCCCUCAUUCGGUUUACGCACCCAGAGUGAGCUCUCCAGCUAAAGGUGGGGCGACUGCGCCUAUGAGCUUAAAGAGUUCACAGGAUGCAGCGAGCACUGCACUGGUCAACUCAAUACGCCCUGCAUCAGUGGCUUCAUCCACCUUCAACACCACAAACUAUCCACCUCGAUUCGGAACGCCUACCUUUGGCACACCCUCAAUGUCUGCACCACCCAUGUUGCCCGGUCUCUUUCCAUCGCCAAUUCCAUCACCAAUGAGUUUUCCCGGUUUUCUCGCUGACAGCUGGGCAAGACCACCCUUCCCGGGAGCCAUACCACCACCGCCGACAACACCCAACUCAGCAGUGCCCCCAACUCGACCUUCUGUGCCCUUUUCAUUUGCUGACUACUACAACAAUGCAAACAGUGCAUCGUCCUUUCUCUCUGCCUUUGCCGCCGGAGCCAGACCUCCAGGAGAAGCCUUCUUUGCGGCACAGAAUAGGCAAGCAACGCCAGAGAGCAACAACAAACCGACAGCAUCAACCAGCAGCACCAGCACUGGCGGCAGUGGUGGCAAUAGCGGCAACAGUAGUCACAAACGCAAACACGAAAACCAUGAGCAUGUUCUUUUAAAGCGUCGAGAUCCAAUAAAGCACGCUGAUCUGGUACUGCUGAAUCAUGACAUGCACCACGGCACCAUCAUGGUGUACAAUCUAUUUGCAGUGCAGCUCUCCGACAAUAAAGUUUUUGGCUCCAAAAUUGGAAAAGCUAUUUCGUCUUUCGAUGAAGGCUUUGAUAUGGACAAGCAAACCUUUCGUUACACCUGUUUAGGCUACUGUCCCGACUACAUUGGUCCCUGUCUCAACCUUAGUCUGCCGGAAACAGUUUGUUCUGGACCUGUGGAUAAGAAGCCCUGA